AUGCUUGAAUCUGAUAAUAACGCAAUCAAUGUCACACCAGACGGCUCACCGAACGGUAAAUGUCCAGCCGGCUUCCGGCGCGCCAAUGAGCUCCCACCAACCCCCGACGGCCAGUAUGUGACAGCUCCGGGAGAAGUGGUGUACCACGCUGCGCGGUAUCAACGGCUCGAGGAUGAUCAACAACCGGGACCGGCCAUGGCGGAGGGAAAGUUGGAACAACUGGUGGCUCCCGCGAACCCGACGAUUAUGAACUCGCUGGAGCGAAGCGGCGGCCAGGAGCCGCGCUCCUCCCAGAUGAUUAUACUCGGUAAAGUAGAGCACGAGGCCGAGGAGCGGACGCAGUCGGACACGGCUUUGGACGAUCUGUUGACCGGUCAGUUGAUGGCCGACAAUCGGACGAAGAUCCAAGUGCCGCGGAGCCCAGAAUUCUUCUAUCCAAAAGAUCAGCUUCCGCUUGAACAACAGGACUAUUAUCACGGAUAUAUGAACCGAGAAGACAGCGAGAAGAUUGUUUCAGCUCGGGGCAGAGGCCGGUUUUUGGUCCGUCGAGUUAAUUUGGUCAGUGGAGAUCAUUGCUACGUUCUUUCGGUCAGCGACUCUGCUUCAAACAUUAGCCAAAUGGCGCCUCCAUCCAUCAGAAAGAAUCUGAACAGCUUGAGCCAGCGGCUGCCCGUUAUUGGCCAAAAAAUCAAGACGACUCGCGUUGUCCACCUCCGGAUUCUGAAUGACAAAGACCACAACUGGUACUGGAUGACAAAGUAUCUGCUUCCGACCGUACAAGAUCUCGUCGAGUUCCACUGCAAAACCGACCAUCCGAUUGAUGAAGACGGAACGUUGACGAUUCGAAAACCGAUCGAAAGGGCAGCCUGGCAAUUGGAUCAUGAGCAGUUGUUCAUGGGAAAAUUUCUCGGUAAGGGCGCAUUUGGAGAAGUCUACGACGGCAUCUACAAACCAGGUCUGUUCGCUCCUGGCAGCCGUUGUGCCAUCAAAACGAUGCAACUCAACGGGGCCAAGCCUGCUGAUAACGCCGAAUUCCUGCACGAGGCGAACGUGAUGCUCAGCCUUCACCACAAAUACAUCAUCCAACUGUUCGGCAUCGCCGCUCUCAAGGACCCGAUUAUGAUUGUCAUGGAGAUUGCGCCAGGCGGCUCCCUGCUCAGCAAGCUGCGCGAGAAGCCGACGAUGGCCCAGAAGACUCGUGCCCGCUACUCGCUGGAAAUUCUGCACGGCAUGGAAUAUCUGGAGAGGAUCGAGAUUAUCCAUCGUGACCUGGCAGCCCGGAACAUUCUCCUCGACGGCGCCGACACGGUCAAGAUCAGCGAUUUUGGACUUUCGGUGAAGGGCAGCGUGCACCAGGUGCAGAAGAUGACCAAAGUGCCAAUAAGAUGGCUGGCGCCGGAAACGAUGCUUCGAGGCCUCUUUUCCGCCAAAAGCGACGUGUGGGCAUUUGGUGUGACGGUGUGGGAGAUCUACAGCGGUGGCCGCUCCCCCUACGAGCAGAUCAAAGCUCUGAAAGCGGUGAAACAGGGUGUCCUCUACGAGAAUCUACGCCUCCAAGCCCCCACCGGAACUCCGAAGCAUGUUGCCCAACUGCUAGAGGCCACCUUUAUCACCGAGCAUGAGGCACGCCCGUCGUUUGGCCAGCUCAAAAAAUGCUUCAACGGCCGCACCUUCAUCAAGCCGACAAAGAACGAGCAAACCGCCUGGUGGGGCUUUCUGCGACGGAACCGGAAUGCCGACUCGAAAAGGUUGAAGCCAGUACCCUCUGCAGCCACGAUGAAGUCGACGACGGCGAAA